AUGCCAUCAAAGGGCCCUCGCGGAGCGCCCCAGCAGGGAGCUCUCAAGGCUCAGAGGGCCCCCCUCCCUGAGGAGUCCCCCGUGACAUCUGAGCUAGAUGAAGCUACUCUAGAAAGGCUGCAGCUGCAAAUUCUCGAGGAUGACGAGUUUGCAGACGACAUGCGGGCCCUACUUCUGGCGCGAUUUCGCGCAAAGCACCGACGGGGGGCUUCUGGCGAGGGCCCCCUUGGCGACUCUGGCGAUGCUGGCAGUGACGCUUCGAACGAGGAGAGUUCUGGAGGAAGUGCAGACCUUGAGAGUGAGGCGGAUCCUGAAGACCUGAGCCGACUGAAAGCCCUGGGCUAUGAGCUGCAACCCAACGAGCGACUUCUUAGCAAAGGUGCGCAAAGUCAUUGGGAGUUCUUACUCCUUUCUCACAAGACCUUCAACAUUUGUGCUGAUUCGACGUGCUGCGUAUUCUCCGCAGCUCGCAAGUCUUCCGGUGCCCCUGCCGCAUCGCCGAUACGCGUGGAAAGUGGGGCUGAUGAAGUACCGGUGUGCGACGAGGCAGGUUUGUUGCAAAAGCUGGAGGAGCUAAAGUAUGCGCCUCCCCCUGGAAUGCGUCGCGUGCCCUUCGUGGAGACUCUGGCGAUUGUUGUCUCUCCCGAGGGCGUUGGGGAAGAGGAGUCAAGCGAUUCUAUGCCCCUUGAUGCUUCUCAAGACCUCAAGCGAGAGGCCAGCUUCGUGCGUCAGUUGCAGAGCACCGUGCCUAUCGCCUUGGCGCGCCUGCGCGCUGUAGGCUUGCAGUUUUCCCGGCCACCUGAUUUUUUGGCAGAGAUGCUUAGAACAGAGCAGCAGAUGGGCCGCAUUAGGGCCCGCAUUACAGCAGAGCAGGAGCAGCAACGCCAAUUCGAAGAGAAGAGGAACCAGCGGUUGAACAAGAAGUUCAACAAACUAAGCGGCCACCAGUUGGUUAGAGAACAAGAAGAGGCGAGAAAACGGAACAUACAGCUAAAGGCUAUCGAUAAGUGGAAGGAGGAGAGACAGGCAGCCCGGCGGACUGGCGCUGCCCAGGGAGAAGCAGAAGAAGAAUUUGAUAAGUGGCUUCUCGGGAAUGAGAAGGAGCAGAAACAAAUACAGCCAAAUCAUGGCCACUCAUUCAAAAACAAGGCGCGCAACAGCAACAAGUCCAUGCCGGCACACAGACCUCACAGGAGAAAGGGAAGGAACGUGAGAGGGAAGGGCGUAGCUGCAGGCCGCGUGGGUCAACGCAAAGGUGGCAAGAGGACUCACAAAUAG